AUGGACGAAGCCGACAACAGCACCGUUGAUCCCGCCUGCUUACAGGAGCCCCCUCUGGCUAUCGAUGUGAUAAAGCAGCUAGAUGCAUUUGGAAUUUGCCUGUAUGCCAUGCUCACCUUCAUGUCCUGUAUAUCUCUUCUACUCUACUUGGAGCAAUGUGUGUACAUUUAUAAAAAGCUGCCCUACCCGAAAAAGACAACCAUCAUCUGGGUGAAUGGAGCCGCGCCAGUCAUUGCCACCAUGUCUUGUUUUGGCAUGUGGAUCCCCAGGGCUGUCAUGUUCACAGAUAUGACUUCAAACUGUUAUUUUGCAGUGGUGGUGUACAAAGUGCUGGUUCUGCUGAUUGAAGAGCUGGGGGGCAGUGAUGCAUUUCUCAAGCGCUUUUCUGGUAAACCAUUCAAAAUCACCACCGGGCCGUGUUGCUGCUGCUGCUUGUGUUUACCGCGUGUGCCCAUGUCACGGGGUAUGCUGUUCCUUCUAAAGUUAGGGGCGCUACAGUACGCCAUCCUAAAGACUGUCCUCAGUAUCCUCUCCAUAGUACUUUGGACAAAUGGCAACUUUGACCUUUCAGAUCUAGAGAUCACUGGCACGGCAAUUUGGAUCAACCCGUUCAUCGGGGUUCUCACCAUCACUUCCCUAUGGCCAGUAGCCAUCGUGUUUAUGAACACUAACUACCUAUUACGCACCCUCAAUAUUAUACCAAAGUACGCCAUGUAUCAGCUAAUACUUGUAUUAAGUCAACUGCAGACUUCUAUCAUCAACAUCCUGGCUCUGGAUGGCACCAUCGCCUGCGCUCCUCCCUUCUCCUCGCAGGCCCGCGGAUCAAUGCUAAGUCAGCAGAUGAUGAUCAUGGAGAUGUUCAUCAUCACUUUGGUCACACGCUUCUUUUACCGCCGUACAUAUGACACGCUUCCCUCAGCCACACAUGACGAGCUACAGAAGGACGGAGUCUGCCCGCAGGCUGCUGACAGGGAACAAGUUGUUUGA